AUGAGAGCUACAACAAUUGUCCUGAGCCUUGCCAUUUUGGCCAGUUUCCAUGUGAGGAACAGCGAGGCGGUCGCCUGCACAUCUUUUGAUCCCAAUUUGCCAGCUGGAUGCACCGACUGUGAGGCUGCGGGCAAUGAAAACCAUGUGGAUUGUGUGACAACAACAACAACGACAACAACAGAGGCUGCAACAACCGGCACUGGAACAACUGGCACUGGAACAACCGGCACUGGAACGGGAAAUGGUGGGAGAACUGUGCGCGUUACCAAUCUGAGGUACACAAAUGUGCGUCGCGUUCGCGCUAAUCGCAAUGGAAACACCUCAGGCAGCAGCACUGGACGCCGCAACGUGAGACGUGCAAACGCGAGCCGUGGAAAUGUGCGACGUGGAAAUGUGCGACGUGGAAAUGUGCGACGUGGAAAUGUGCGACGUGGAAAUGUGCGACGUGGAAACGUGCGACGUGGAAACAAGAAUCGCCGCAGUGGAGCCAACGUACGCGUUGUCAGGGGAUAA